CCGUAUCAGUGCUCACAGUGUGACAAGAGUUUUUUAACAAAAAGUUAUCUGAAAAUACACCAGCGCGUUCACACUGGAAAAAGACCUCAUCAGUGCACACAGUGUGAAAAGAGUUUUGAUAAACCAAGUCGCCUUGAAAAUCACCAGCGCAUUCACACUGAAGCAAAAUCGUAUCAGUGCUUAGAGUGUGAAAAGAGUUUUGAUCGACCAAGUGGCCUUGAAAGACACCAGCGCAUUCACACUAGAGGAAAACCGUAUAAGUGCUUAGAAUGUGAAAAGAGUUUUAAUCGACCGAGUCACCUCAAAAGACACCAGCGCACUCACACUAGAGCAAAACCACAUCAGUGCUCACAGUGUGAAAAGAGUUUUGAUAAACCAAUUUGCCUCGAAAAACACCAGCGCAUUCACACUGGAGCAAAACUGUAUCAGUGCUUAGAGUGUGAAAAGAGUUUCGAUCGUCAAAGUCGCCUCGAAAGACACCAGCGCGUUCACACUGAAGAGAAAACGCAUCAGUGAGGAAAGAGUUUUACUGAGCAGAGAACUGGACAAAUGAAAGGAAGUGUGUUUGUGCUCAGCAGCUCUGUAAUCGUACUGUAAGCAAACUGCUGCUCCGGUAU